ACACGGGCACGUUCGACAGGAAUUGGCGGGUUGCUGCCGGAGCGUUCGUCUAGCGUUACCUUUUGUCUGACCAUCUGAAGAACCUCGGUGAAACAAUAGCAAACUCUUCCUCCAGUCGACAGAUUUCACGCGCUUGUCAACACGUAAAGCCGGUCUAGCUGCGCUGAACCACCUAAUUCGGUGAUAUUUCGCCUUUAAUUCAGAAAUUCACAGCACGGUUGACGUUGACAAGGAACCGGAAGGUUCCGCAGAGUCCCCGCCCUUCGACGAGCAUGAGCGAACCAACAGACACAGCUAGUGAUGCUCCCAGCGUCACCGCAGAAAGCAAGCUGGCGCCCACAGUUGGGAAGAAGCAGACCAAGAAGAAGGUGGAGGAGGUGGUAGAAGAGGAAGAGGAAGAAUAUGUGGUGGAGAAGGUUCUGGACCGACGGGUGGUGAAAGGCAGGGUGGAGUUCCUUCUCAAGUGGAAGGGCUUCUCAGAUGAAGACAACACAUGGGAGCCAGAAGAUAACCUGGACUGUCCUGAUCUCAUCGCCGAGUACCUGCAAAAACACAAACCAAAUGACAAGAAAGAGCCUACUGGUAAAAGGAAAGGAGAAUCCGACACAGACGGUGGGGAAGACAGCCGGCCCAAAAAGAGGAAAGAUGAGCAAGACAAGCCGAGGGGCUUUGCACGAGGAUUAGAACCAGAACGCAUCAUUGGAGCCACAGACUCCAGCGGAGAGCUCAUGUUUCUAAUGAAAUGGAAAAACUCUGACGAGGCAGAUCUCGUUCCGGCAAAAGAGGCCAAUGUGAAGUGCCCACAGGUGGUCAUCUCAUUCUAUGAAGAGCGACUAACAUGGCACUCCUACCCUUCUGAGGAGGAAGAGAAGAAGGACGACAAGAACUAGGCCCGUGAAGGAGAACGAGAGAGGUGGCAGGUCGCGUUAGACUAGUUUGGGAGGGUAGGGGGGGGGGUAUUUGGAAUACGGGCGGUUCAAAGAUGGGGAACCAGACACCUAAAAGCUCUUUUACUCUCAAUGCCAUAAAACUUGGACUCAAGAUAUAUUCAGAGCAAGAUAUGCAGAUGUGGAGUCAUCUUUAGUGGGCAGAAGUGAAUGUUAGUCAGAAUACUGACCACCGCGAGAAACACAGGAUUACUCUAUUUCCUCUUUGCUUCUCUUUCUGUUGGAUUAUGGGAAAUGGGGUGUAUAUAUGCUGUAGUAGUUGCUCGGUAGUUAUCCCCGGCUGGUUUAAAAAAGGUGGUCAACGUCUGAUGAGGUAUGAAAUGCUAAAUGCAGUGAAUCCUGUGUGCACAUCCUCAUACCUUCAAUGCUUUUC